UUAUGUUUUGAUGUGGCUGUAUAUUUCUAAGAUUAUGUAUUUUUUUUUAGUAAAUAUUUUGAACAAGUGUAUAAAUAGAUAUUAAUAAUGUCAGAAACGGAUACCUUGAAAGAGUCAAUUCGACAAUAUGAGGAACAGUUACUACAAGUACAACAAGCACUAGCAGUAGCAAAUGGAUCAAACAGAAAUGACUUAAUGAGUUUGGAGUCAGAUUUGAAUGAAAUAAUUCAGCUUUCUAAAGAAAGUCUUGGAGAAUCAGAAAAUGCAUCUUGCAGUUCAAAAAAUGAAUCUAGGAAUUGUAUUGAUGAUGAAUAUAAUUUGUUCAAAGCUGAGUUAGCACAACUGGAGGAUCCAAAAAGCAAUGAAAGUUCAAGUUCUACAGCUGAUUCGACUAGUAAAUUAGAAGAAGAACUAAAAGUUCUUGAAGGACAAAAAUGUAGAGCUCCACAUGGAAGCAUUUGGGGAGGCAUUAGUUAUCAUAAUGCAAUGAUUUGUUCUAUACAUAAAAGUGACAAAGAACUAUCUGGCUUACAUAACAUUAUGGUAAGAGUCCUCUUUAUUCAUCCAACCCAUAAAGAAAUGUUACCUUGUCCUUAUUUCCUAAAUGGAUCUUGUAAAUUUUCUGAAGAACAAUGUCAUUUUUCUCAUGGAGAACUAAUUCCAUUUUCAAGAAUUAUGGACUAUAGAGAGCCUGAUUUUUUAUCAAUUAGAAUGGGAAGUAGAGUACUAGCAAAGCAACCAAAUAAAUUAUGGCAUAGAAGUGUAAUAUUAAGAAUUCCUGAUGAUAAAGAUGAUGAAUAUCAAGUUAAAUUUGAAGCUAGUGGUAAAGUUUUAAGUGUUGGAGUAGACGAAAUCUGUCCAUUAGAUGAUGAAGGUUUAGAAAUGUCAGAUUCAUCAGAUGAUAGUGAUUAUGAAAAAGAAGUACAAGCUUGUAGGAAUGAAGAAUUAGUGCAUAAUUCAUUACUGACAAAUGCUCCCACUCAACGUUUAGGAGAUUGGGAACAACAUACACGAGGAAUAGGUAGUAAAUUAAUGGCUCAAAUGGGAUAUAUUGUUGGAACAGGAUUAGGGAAAAAAUCUGAUGGCAGAAUAGAUCCUGUUGAAGCUAUUGUUUUACCAGCUGGAAAGUCAUUAGAUCAUUGCAUGACUUUGAGAGAGAAUGCUGGUGGUGAUAAGGACCUUUUCAGUGUUGAAAGAAAAAUGCAAAGACAAAAGAAGAAAAUGGAUCAGCAACGUCAGAAAGAAUAUUUAAAAAUGAAACACAGGGAAAAGAAUGAUGUAUUUAAUUUCAUGAAUACUACUCUAGGAGAUAAAAGAAAAGAUUCUGAAUCCAGCAGUUCCAAAACGUACAAAGAUUUGAAAAAAGAAUCUGAUAAAAACUUAAGUGUAGUCAGUUACAAAAUUGGAGGAGAUAUUUCAAGGCUAGAAAAAGAAUCAAGUAAACUGCAAAAACAUUUGAAGCAGUUUAGUCAAGGAAGUGUUCAAUAUAAUAACAUUGCAUCCAAGUAUAAUGAAACACAAAAACAAAUCAGCAAAUUAAAAGCCUCUGAAAAACGGAUAGCAUCAGAACAAAAUCAGCGAAAGUUAAAAAUGAAAAUGACAGAAUUUUAGUAUUAGUAUUAUAAAAAAAUUUCUUCCACAAGAAAUUUUAUUUUAAUUUAAGAAUUUAUGUAUAUAUAUACAUAUUGAAAUAUUUAUAUGCAAUAAAAAUAAAUGUUAUUACA